AUGGAAAACGAGAAGGGCCAGAUCGUUGACCUUUACAUUCCCCGCAAGUGCUCUGCCACUGGACGCCUCAUCACCGCCAAGGACCACGCCUCCGUCCAAAUCAACGUUGGCGAUGUUGACGCUUCUGGCCGUCUCACAGGUACCUUCCAGACCUAUGCUCUGUCCGGAUUUGUGCGUUCCAUGGGAGAGUCCGACGACUCUGUCAACAGACUCGCUACUGCUGAUGGAUACCUUAAGGGUGUCUGGAGCUACCAGCAGUAA